AAAAAAAUAGAAAAAGGUGAAAAGACAGUCGACACUUGGCGCAUCCAGAAGCCCUAAAUAAUCGAGGAAGAAGGAAACCAAAGACAUACUUGGAAACGCAGACAGAGAAAGAAAGAAGCCAGCAAAAACAAAGAGACUUAACCAAUAAUACAAACACAAAAUCAAAGUAUAUGAUUUUUUAGCUGUUUUGACCCUGUUUUAUCCAGAUAUAUUGAAAAUGGGGACUAAUUUCAAUUUCAAGAGCUUCACAAAUGACCCGUCAGAUGCCGGUGGUGGCCGGCCACCGGGGAAUUUUCCGUUGGCUAGUCAGUCAUCGAUCUAUUCUUUAACGCUUGAAGAACUUCAAAACACCAUGGGAGGAUCAUUAGGGAAGGAUUUUGGGUCAAUGAACAUGGAUGAGCUGUUAAAGAGUAUAUGGAGUGCAGAAGAGACGCAGACCGUGGCAACACCAACCUCUGCUGGGGUACAAGAUGGUGUUGGUCUCCAGCGACAGGGCUCGCUGACGCUGCCGCGGACACUGAGCCUGAAGACGGUGGAUGAGGUCUGGAAAGACAUGUCAAAGGAAUAUGCUAUUAAUGGGACUAGUGCUGGAGUUGCUAAUAAUGUGCCCCAGAGGCAGCCUACCUUAGGAGAGAUAACUUUGGAGGAGUUUUUGGUGAGAGCUGGGGUGGUGAGGGAGGAUAUUCCAGUGGCUGCAAAGGUUAAUACUAAUGGUGGAUUUUUUGGUGAUUUAUCGCGGUUAGCCAAUAAUAGUUCAGCAAUUGGGUUUCAGCAGAAUAGGGGUGUGGGAUUGAAUAACAAUAAUACCAAUCAAAUCUCGUUGCAAUCUUCGAAUUUGCCUUUGAAUGGUAACGGGUUUAGAUCAAAUCAGGCACAGGUGCAGCAGCAGCAGCAGCAACAAAUAUUUCCUAAGCAGCCUAAUAUGGGAUAUGUGACACAGAUGCCUCCACAAAGUAGUCCUGGAAUCAGAGGUGGAAUUCUGGGGAUUGGAGAUCAAGGGAUCAAUAGCAAUUUGAUGCAGGGUGGAGGGAUGGGAGUGGUUGGAUUGGGUGUCGCUACAGGGUCACCUGCGAACCAGCUGUCAUCGGAUGGAAUUGGGAAGAGUAAUGGGGACACAUCUUCAGUAUCUCCAGUGCCUUAUGUAUUUAGUGGAAGUGGAAGGGGAAGGAGAGCAGGUGGCGCAGUUGAGAAGGUGGUUGAGAGGAGGCAGAGGAGAAUGAUUAAGAACAGAGAGUCAGCUGCAAGGUCUCGUGCUCGCAAGCAGGCUUAUACGAUGGAAUUGGAAGCAGAAGUGGCAAAGUUAAAAGCGGAAAACGAAGAAUUGCAGAAGAAACAGGCUGAAAUGAUGGAAAUGCAGAAAAAUCAGGUGCCAAAUCUAUCUACUACUCAAAAUAGAACGAAUAAUCUUACCUAUUUGCUCAUAACAUGUCUAAUGGCCAGUCAAUGCUGCUAGCUAUAUCAUUUUCUUAUCCGCUUGGUGAUUUGAAUAGUCUGCAUGAAUUUUCCCACUUUGUUCUUUAUUACGGAUGUCCAAGCCAAGGUUGCUAAAAGGAAAAACAUCAAAACAUAACGAAUAAUCAUGCCUAUUUGCUCAUAACCUGUCUAAUGGCCAGUCAAUGCUGCUAUCUAUAUCGUUUUCUUAUCCGCUUGGUGAUUUGAAUAGUCUGCAUGUAUUUUCCACUGUUUUCUUUAUCAUGGAUGUCCAAGCCUAAUGUCACUAAAAGGAAUUAGAUUAUGCGUGCGUCUAUGCAUGCAUAACUCUAUAUAUUGCUUUUUUAAUGGUUUGCUUGAAGGCAUUACAAUCAUAGUGCCUUCAAAUCAUGGACAGUAUCUUUACUUAUUUUGUGG